AUGAAGGAACACAACCUGUCCUCUGCUCAAGAUUUUAUUCUACUGGGAAUAAGCGGUCAGCAGGAACAGGAAGACAUCUUCUUCAUCCUCUUCCUGUUCAUCUACCCCACCACACUGAUUGGAAACCUGCUCAUCAUCUUGGCCAUUCGCUCUGACAGCCACCUUCAUAAUCCCAUGUACUUUCUCCUUGCCAAUCUGUCUUUGGUGGACAUCUUCUUCUCCUCUGCAACCAUUCCUAAGAUGCUGGCCAACCAUAUCUUAUGCAGCAAAGUCAUUUCCUUUGAAGGAUGUUUAACACAAAUGUGUUUUAUGUUAGCCUUAGGUAACACAGACAGCUAUAUCUUGGCUGCAAUGGCCUAUGAUCGUGCUGUGGCCAUCAGUCGCCCACUUCACUACACAACAAUUAUGAGUCCACGGGCUUGUGUUCUGCUAGUUGUUGGCUCUUGGGUAAUUGGAAACUCCAAUGCCUUCCCACACACUCUGCUUACAGCUAAUUUGUCCUUCUGUGGAAGCCGGGAAGUAGCCAACUUCUACUGUGACAUUGCCUCUUUACUCAAGCUGUCCUGUUCUGACAUCCAGUUUAAUGUGAAGAUGAUGUACCUAGGGGUUGGUGUUUUCUCUGUGCCCUUGCUGUGCAUCAUCAUCUCCUACAUCCGGGUCUUUUCCACAGUCUUAAAAGUUCCAUCCACCAAGGGCGUGCGCAAAGCCUUCUCCACCUGUGGGUCCCACCUCACGGUUGUGUCUCUGUACUAUGGGACCGUCAUGGGCAUGUAUUUCCGCCCCCUCACUAGUUACAGCCUAAAGGAUGCUGUGGUAACGGUGAUGUACAUUGCAGUAACCCCAAUGUUAAAUCCCUUCAUCUACAGUCUGAGAAAUCGGGACAUGAAGGCUGCCCUGCGAAAACUCUUUACCAAGAGAAUUUCCUCAUAA